AUGGAGUUUCUGCUUGCAAUGGACCUGAAAAGUUUAGCCCUUGCUCAGACGACCUUUCUAGUCUCGUACCUACCAAUGGUGGCAUCUUGCAUGAUGCCAACUACGUCUCAACGCUGCCAUCAAGAACGAAUCCACUGGUCUCCGGCAAGUGGCAGAAGCAGCAACUACACUGCUGGUUUCUUGUCCCGCUGGUCCACUGCUGCUAUUGCACGUAACAAACGUUUCCUUACCUUUGCUCGAGGUCGUGCCGAUGCCAUCAGCAAUUACAACACCUCUGAUGCGCUCUUCGACGAUGAUGAGAAAUUCAUUAUCCCAGAUUCUAACUACUUGGGACCAAACAACAAGCUCAUCUACCAAGAUACCUCUCUACUCUCCCACACCACAUACCCCCAACCACUCAUCCUCAACAACGGCACCGUCAGCACCCAAAUUAUCCAUACUUUCCGUGUUGUUAGUGGCUUUAACAUCGCCUCCUUCUUUGACGGAGCCCUCAAGACCACGAUUUGCCGCUACCUCCGAACCUUCGCCAUCGCAGUCGGUGCCGACCACAAGAUCAAGGCAGACGGUAUCGACGGUAUCCAAUGGAGCUCCUCUCACACGUUCUCUAUCAACGCUAUUGAGUGUCAAGGUCCCAUUGAAUGCCGAGAAGGUGCCGAACAUACCAUCAGCCCAUGUACUGAUUGCGAGACAUACUCUGGACAGUACAACAACACCAUCAAGAACGCUUUCAAUCACCAAACCGCUUGGUUGGAGAAGGCUGAUUCUCCAAACUUCAAGUGCAACAAUCACGACUUGGUUGCCAUUAUCUACAGCAUGGCCUUCCACAGCAGCAUGCUCGAGUUUGGUGUAUAUUGGUUCGGGAAAGAUGCCGCCAAAGUUUUUGGAUGGGAUCCCUUGUAUCAAGCUGUUCUUGACACUGGUUCUCCGCGAUGUUUUGCAGAUGAGAUGGCCAGUUGGUGGCUAGAGCCAUCGAGCGUUACGAUAUCUUUGGGUCCGACGUUCAAUUGUCCUGCCGCGUAUAGCACCGUUGCAACUUCCGUUCAUAGUGCGGGUGUUACACAAGUCUUUUGUUGUCCUACCGAUUAUAAUCUUUCAGUCUUAAUUCCAUCGCAUUCAUACGGUGACUACCCAACACAAUGCAUGUCCACCCUCACCGCCGGCGACAUCCUCAAGUAUCAAACUGCUACCGGCGGCAUCUUCCAACCCACAAGUUUGACAGUUGGCUCAACACUCCUUGUACACGGAGAACACAUCAAUGGAUGGAACAUCGACGAUGCCGUGUUUGCCUCCAUGAUAGGCUCUUCACAAACAGCAACAGCAACAGCAACAACAACAACAACAUCAUCUAUCAGCACAACCUCCUCUACAGCCUCCUCCACAAACAGUGUAUACACGACAACUAUCAGAGAAUCAGGAGCCAUGAUGACCACAAAAACAUCAGAAUCCGCCACCUUCUCCUCUCCCUCUUCAAACUCCCAAUCAUCCUCAUCCCCAACCCCACUAACCAGCCCUACUCCCAACAACUCUACUGCUAUUGCAGCUGGGGUAGGCAUAGCUGCCGCCGUCAUAAUCCUCGGUAUUGCCGCUGCUGUAUUCCUCUUAAUACGACGUCGAAAAAAGCGUGCCCAUAAUGUGACGCAAGAAAUAGAUUCGAAAGAAAUCUAUACCUCUCCGCCAUCGUUUGGUCGUGGACCCGCUGCGAAUGAGUUGUCGAAUGAGAUUCUCCCUAGAGAAAUGGAUGGGGGUGUUAAUGUGAUGAAGGAGUAUUAUGCUCCAAAACAGAAUGUUCAUGAAAUAUGA